UUCUAUACUGAUGAAGGAGCAUGGGCAGUGGGCGGAGCUAGCCGGUCAUGAUUACGUCAUGGAUCUGAUCUCAGACUUGGAGCUGCCGUCCGACUUCCCCAAACAGAAGAGUUACUUCAUCAUCUCAGCUGAGGAUCCUAAUAGGGUUCGAACCAACGCCAGCCUGACUCUGUUUGGCAGUGGUUUUGACAGUGAUGAAGAGCUGCCCCCGCCCUUCCUCAGCGCCACCCAACCUGCGUACAGCCUGCCAGGCUCUGACGGAUACUCCAGCCAUGUGGAGUCUGAUGUGUUCAGCCAUGGUCAGACUGAGAGAGGGGUGGAUCGCUACCUGGACAGCCUCUUCAACCCUGUGUUAUCAGACGGCAGCACGGACCUGGACAAGCCAGCCAGUAUGACAGGCCGGAUGAAAGGAGGAGGAGGAAUAGGAGGAGGAGAGGAGGAGAGGGGUCAGGCCCCCUCCAGCAGACCAUAUCCCCCAGGACUACAGCCCGGAGGUAUGUCU